GCCGGAGCGGAAGGGCCUAGCGCGGCGCUGGCCGCCCUCGCCGCCUCCCCGGCUGCGCUCUCGUCGUGGCCGCGCCGCCUUCGUCGCCCCGAGUAGGACGGAACAAAGGGAAGGAGCCGCUCCGGCUGCGCGAUGGUGGGCAUCCCGGGAACCUCCCAGUUUGCGAGUGAGAAGAGGGUGCCAGUAAUGCCAGGAUCCCCUGUGGAAGUGAAGAUACAGUCAAGAUCCUCGCCAUCCAGCAUGCCGCCAUUGCCGCCUGUCAACCCUGGUGGACCCCGGCCUGUCUCGUUUACCCCAGCAGCAUUACCCAAUGGAAUGAACCAUUCUCCACCGACGCUGAAUGGAGCACCGUCACCCCCUCAGAGGUUCAGCAAUGGCCCUGCCUCAUCGUCUUCAUCUUCACUGACCAACCAGCAGCUUCCAGCUACCUGUGGGGCUCGUCAGCUCAGCAAACUCAAACGCUUCCUGACCACCCUCCAGCAGUUUGGCAACGACAUUUCACCAGAGAUUGGGGAGAAAGUCCGCACCCUUGUUCUGGCAUUAGUGAAUUCUACCGUGACAAUAGAGGAAUUUCACUGCAAACUCCAGGAGGCUACCAAUUUUCCUCUUCGUCCAUUUGUGAUUCCAUUCUUGAAGGCCAACCUUCCCCUUCUGCAGAGGGAGCUGCUGCAUUGUGCUCGGGCAGCCAAACAGACCCCUUCCCAAUACCUGGCCCAGCAUGAGCACAUCUUGCUGAACACAAACACUGCGUCCCCAGGUGACUCUUCAGAGCUGCUGAUGGAAGUGAAUGGAAACGGAAAGAGGCACAGUCCAGACAGGAGGGAAGAAAACAGCUUCGAGAGAGAGCCUCUCCCAUCAGAGCCUCCUGCCAAGAGGGUGUGCACCAUUAGUCCAGCACCUCGCCACAGCCCGGCUUUGAUGUUGCCCGUCAUAAACCCAGCGGGGCAGUUUCAUCCUACUCCACCCCCACUCCAGCAUUACACCCUGGAAGACAUUGCAACGUCCCAUUUGUACAGAGACCCAAGCAAGGCAUUGGAGCACAGAGAAUUGCGAGAUAGGCAUGGUAUAGGGUUAAACGGAGGUUAUCAGGAUGAACUCGUGGACCAUCGCCUAACAGAGAGAGAAUGGGCUGAUGAAUGGAAGCAUCUUGAUCAUGCAUUGAAUUGCAUCAUGGAAAUGGUCGAGAAGACCAGGCGCUCUAUGGCCGUUCUCCGCCGUUGUCAGGAGGCUGAUAGAGAAGAGCUCAACUAUUGGAAGAGGCGAUGCAGUGAAACCACAGAGCCACGGAAAGGAGGGAAUGACUUAAUCACGAGGCAACAUAGCCCAGGGAGUUCAGACUCCAUUAACAGUGAUUCUCAGCGGGAGUUCAGCAGCAGGUCAGGAGCAGCCGGUUAUGUCACCGAAGAGAUAUGGAAAAAGGCUGAAGAAGCUGUGAAUGAAGUGAAGCGCCAGGCCAUGUCGGAAGUCCAAAAAGCUGUAGCAGAGGCAGAGCAGAAGGCAUUUGAAAUGAUUGCAUCUGAGAGAGCCCGCAUGGAACAGACCAUUGCCGAUGCAAAACGCCAGGCUACAGAAGACGCUUUCCUAGUCGUCAAUGAGCAGGAGGAGUCUACAGAGGUGAGAAGCCAAGGGAAUAUCUCUGGCAAUCAUGGAAAAAGUCCCAAGAGCUGCUGGAACUGUGGGCGCAAAGCCAGCGAGACCUGUAGCGGCUGCAACAUUGCCCGCUACUGUGGCUCCUUCUGCCAGCACAAAGAUUGGGAGAGGCACCACCGAAUCUGUGGGCAGGGCUUACACAGCCAAGUCAAACCAGCCCCUACACCAGCAGGCCGAUCCGCAGCCGCAGCCGCUGCCCUCAAAGCAGUCGAUACGGUAGCAAGUCCAGCUCUAGAGAAAACGUCGGCCGCCACUUCUCGAUCCUCCACCCCAGCCUCCGUGACAGCAAUAGACAGUAAUGCACUCUAAAAAAAAGAGAAGAUUGCG